GCCGCGAGCAGCCCGGACUCCGGAGAAAUGUCCCUGUGUGCAGCCGCGCAGGGCCGAGGCUCCAGGUCCCGCUGUCAGAGCCGGGGGAGUCCCAGCACCUUCCGCACAGCCCACCCCGUACCGCGGGAGGGCCGAGGGAAGGGCUGGGCGGCCCUGGCUCGCAGUGUGGGCGGUGUGUGGGCACUGGGCUGCGGGUUCUGGGGAGAAGCCUCCAUUGUCCUCGUGUUUCGUUUGGUUUGCUUCUUAACAGGGUUCUGAAAGGGUAUUUUUGAGCAUGUUCAGGCUGGAAAUAAGGGUGUUUCUGUUUGUAUUGUUCACCUGACAAAAGACCCUUGUGUCUUGCACUGUAUGUUGCAUAGUCUUUUCCAGACUUUAUAUUUCGGGGGAGCAGGAGAGGUCUCGGCAUAACUCAGUGAGGUGGAGAUUGGGGCACGGAAGGCAGCUAGCAGGUGGUGGAUUAGGCUAAGUGUGAACACAGAAUUCCAUCUCAGCCUUAGUUUGACCUGCUGACCCACGUGUGCACACAGGUGUCCACAAACAAUUGGCCUCACAGGACAGAGCUGUACGAGGACCCCCCGCUGGGAUGCUGGCCCAUUGUGUAUUCCCCCGACUACAACAUCACCUUCAUGGGACUGGAGAAGCUGCACCCCUUUGAUGCAGGGAAAUGGGGGAAAAUCAUCAAUUUCUUGAAAGAAGAAAAACUAAUUGCAGAUGACUUGAUUGUGCAGGCACGGGAGGCGACUGAUGAAGAUCUCUUGGUUGUUCACACCAGGCGCUACCUUAAUAAAUUAAAGUGGUCAUUUGUUGUGGCUACAAUCACAGAAAUUCCACCAGUUGCCUUUCUUCCCAAUUUCAUUGUUCAGAGAAAAGUUCUGAAACCUCUACGAACCCAGACAGGAGGAACAAUAAUGGCAGGAAAGCUUGCUGUGGAUAGAGGCUGGGCCAUCAACGUGGGGGGUGGUUUCCAUCACUGCUCCAGUGACAAAGGGGGAGGAUUUUGUGCAUAUGCUGACAUCACACUGGCCAUCAAGUUCUUAUUUGAGAGAGUACAAGGAGUGUCUAGAGCCACAAUUAUUGAUCUGGAUGCCCAUCAGGGAAAUGGCCAUGAGAGAGACUUUAUGGAUGAUCCUCGGGUUUAUAUUAUGGAUGCAUACAAUAGAUAUAUUUACCCAGGGGAUGGUUUUGCUAAACGUGCCAUAAAACGCAAGGUGGAACUGGAGUGGGGCACAGAGGACACCGAGUACCUGCAGAAGGUGCAGACCCAUGUGGAGGGAGCCCUGAAUGAAUUCAAGCCUGACAUCGUUGUUUACAAUGCUGGCACUGACAUUCUGGAUGGGGAUCCCCUGGGAGGCCUGGCCAUCUCCCCCCAGGGCAUUGUGAAGAGGGACGAGGUGGUGUUCAGGGCUGCCAGGAGCCGCGGGGUCCCCGUGCUGAUGGUGACAUCCGGGGGGUACCAGAAGAGGACGGCGCGCAUCAUCGCUGACUCCAUCCUCAACCUGCACAGCCUGGGGUUCCUGGGCAGGCAGCAGCCAGCCUGUGCUCUUGGGAGUCCCAGCCUGGAUCAGAUGGUCAGAGACUCUGCCAAGGACUUCAGCAACUUGGCACUGCAGUGACAGGUCACUGAAUGUUGGUCACAUAACCCAGAGGCAAUACAGAGUAACUCUAACUGCUGAAUUUAUCUUGAGCUAAGGCAACACAUCCUUUUAAACAGAUAUGCACUCAAGGGUACUGUCUUUGUGUCUAAUAUUGCUGUAGAAAGCUUAAUUUGCUUCUCUGACUAAAGAAGUGUGGCUGUGGGGUGGGUCUGUUAUGUUGGAAGAACUAUGCAGUUGGUAUCCAAAGGCUGUCCCAGACCUGUUUCAGGUGGUGCAGCAUCGUCUGAGGUGGGAGGAAUAUGGACUAAAGCUACUGUUUUGUGGGGUUUUUAAAUACUUCAUUUUAUUUAUUGCUUUUUAAAUUUAAAUACUGUUAUAAAACGAGUUCUGUGCAGACUUCAACUGUCAGUUUAACACUAAAGGGAAGUGCAAUACUGUAAAAGCCAGGGUAGUUUGUUUAUGGCUUUGAAGCCGUAGACAGUUAGAAGGAAUGUUUGUAAAUUCAUAGUUUAUUCCUGUUGUUGAUGGUGACUUAAAUCUUGCUCAUAAACACCUUGUGAAAAAGAAUAUGAAACACCUUUGGCUCCAUAUGCAAAUGAGGCAUAAGGGCUCACCGUUACCAGUCUGGUGUUCCAAAUGAGCUCUGCAUGUGACAGGCAAUAGUUCCUAUGCACUGUAACUGACAGACGGAGAAACUACAGUCCAGUGAAAGCUGAUCUUACAGUUCUCAGCAAUGCUGCAGAAAAAAACAUGUAGAAAUAUAGGCUGUCUUAUUAUUGCCAGCUUGCCAUGUAUAAAACAGUGAGGAGUAGAUUUAAAUUAUUUUUCCCCAACUAGUGCUGUGUUUUUCACUUGCUCAGAGAUCAGUGGUACUUCUAGUUGCAGUCAUAGUUGGUAAGCAAAUCCUUAAUUUUUCUUGCUCAUUGAGGAAUGCAGUGACAUUCCUACAUUGAGAUAGUGGGCUAACUUUAUAUGGAACUUUUAGGAGGAUUUGGGAACAAAACAGUGUAUUCAAAGCAAAUUCAGUUGUACUACCUGGGAAGGUUGGCUUUGUUCAAGUUGGUAUAUUUUGCAUUAGGUACUGUUUGUAGCAGUGGGAUGUAAAUGUACUAAAUUGUAUAUUUUGCAAGAGCUUUUAUAACUUUCAGUGAUUUGUACUACAAGUUUUAUGUUGUGUUUAGGUUGGAGCCAUCCUGUGAGGGAGCCCCAGGAUUUUCCUUGUAGUAGAGUUGUUGUGUAAGCUAUUUAAGGAAUGUUUAAUUCUAAUUCUGAUACUUACCUCAUUUAGCGUUCAUGUUUAGAUCAAGGGGUUUGUCCAUUGUAGGAACUGCACAGCUGCUAUAAAUACCUGCUUUAAACCUGAUCUGACCUAUUGCACUAAGCUUGAGUUGCUACACUGGGAUUAAAGAGCACUUUUAAAUUUCUUACUAGAAGGACCAUCAGAGUAUGACUAAUGUUGAGAUUUAUUUUUUCUAUACUGUCUGACAUUACUGAAAGAUGUUGUUAUUCUUUCAUAUAAUUUUUAUAAAAUUCUAGAUUACAUUUCUAUGAACUAAACACCCAUCAUAGCACCAUAUGGUCUUUCCCCAAACAUUUGCUGUUUGUGUUAACAUGUUUCUAUAAUUUCCCCUCAGUGAAGAUUAAAAUUAUGUUGAACAAUGCUGACUGACUUCUUGUCACUUCACGUGGAUCUUAGCUGUCAAAAAGUUGGUCUGGAGCAGUUUAUUGGAAAGACAAGAAGAUGUAAUUUUCAUACUUAAAAUGUGUCUGAAACUACAGUGAGUCUCAAGGGUGAGUAGUACCAGCUUUGUCAACAGCUUCUCUGAGAGUUCAGUGGUGACUCCUUGAAGGAGCUUGUAAGUUUUGUGUCCAAAUACUUUUUAAGAUGUCAUUAUAAGGGGUUAAAGUCACUUUCUAACUCCCAAGUUCUAUUUCAUUACCUACCUUGUAGUCCUAAUCCGAGUAUUUUAGUAUUAGAGGUGUUAAACUGGUAACUGAGCUUCUGAUAAGGCUGCAGUAGUUUUAGAGGCUUUUUGUAAAUCAGUGUCUUUUCGGAGAGCUAAAUGUUUGCAGUAGAGCCUGCUGGCUCUCAGGCUCACCUGUGAAAUUUCUGAUAAGCAGCAGACACAUUGACUGCAUUUCAGUGUUCAUUGUAAAGUUACAAUUGGAAAACACACCACUCCUUCAUAUUUUCAAAAAUUCAGUGCCUUAAUACAGAAAAGGAAGAACACUUUGUGUGGAAUUUUAUCUUUAAAAGUUCCUGUAUCUUACCAGAUAUAUAGAUAUAUAGUUAUAUGGUAUUCUGUGCUUUAAUUGGGUUUCUCUGCUGCAGUCAUCUCUGUUAGAUGAAUAAAUCAGUGCACAAUGCUUUCAAAAGAUGCAGUUAUUAAUCAUGAGCUGUUUAUAAAUGGACUGUAAAUAUGGCUGGUCAUGUAGACUAUCACAAAAAUUAUACAGCAGCUAGGGACAUGUCAGGGGCUGAGGAGCUGGAGUCUGACAGCUGGAGAGUGUUUGAACUACCAAUAAAUAACUCAUAGAGGGAGAGGGAGCCUGCAAAUCCUGGAAAAUAAUUUUUUUUUGCGAGAGGUUUCCAAAGGAAAAUUGGUUUGACCUAGGUAAAAAAGAUACACAUUUCACCAAACCAUUUUAAUGUUAAAAGCCAUUUCAUCUGUUUACAUUUGCUUUGAGUAUUUUCUCAUGAAGUGCAGAGCUGUGCUGCAGAUCACCAAGAUGCACAAUUUCUCAGUAUUUUUUUACAAACACAAGGAGAGGCAGUGGCACUCUGGGUUCGACUGUGUGGGAGUUACAGAGGAAGCUGCCAUUGCUGUUGGUAUCUGUAUGUGUAAAUCUCUUUAUUCUGUACUUCACGGUGAUAGUUUAACAGGUUUCUCCUGCCACCAAGGAUUCGAUUAACUCCUUCUCCUUGCAGAGAGAGGCUGGUGAGGAAACUUCUUGAGCUUUUUGCCACCAAAUAUCCUGGAGCCAGCAUUCCCAGGCCAGUUGACUGCUGGAAGUCCCUAAUGUGUAAGCACAGCAUCCAAUUUAGAGAGGAAUACAGGCUUGUUCUUUCUUCAGGUGUCAGGAGCUUGCCUUGUUUUUUGCCAGUUCAAGGCAAACAAUAGCCUUCAUUGUCCUGAAGAUAAAAUCUAGGAGAGGAAUGAGGCUCCUAAUGAAGCAUGUGAUGGUUGAGUUGUCAGCUAAUUAUCUUUUCCAUCUGUUACCUAAUAGAAUUCUGCAAUGCUGGGAUUUAAGGUUUGUCAAGUUUUGCUGUCUUUCACUCUAAACCUGGACAUGUCUGCCAAGGCCAACAGUGAAAUGAGCAUAUUAAGAUAAUAAAUCUCCAGUGAGCAGCCUGAGUUAUUUAUUUUGGAUGAACAAGGCUGCAAGUAUAAUUGGGGUGUCUUUUGGGUUGUUGGAUAUGGGAAUGCUUUAAGAGUUGAAUACUUUCAUAUUCAGCUUUAGCUGUGGGAAUGUUUGAGCCCGAGACAUGAAAGAAUGCAGACCUUUCAAAAUAUGGUAUGUGAGAAAAAUGUAUGAUUUAGUGUUUACAUUUCCAUAGAGGAAAUAGCAAUGCUCUGCUUGAACCAAGUGAUAAAUUUCCUUUAAAUUUAGUCAUAUGAUGAUCAGGGAAACAAAUUCCCUCUCAACCCCUGUCAAAGAAGCUGAGGGCAAAGUUGGGUGUCUUAAAGCCACCUGCUACCUACAGGACAUGGUUCUGUUAGUCACUAAGAGGAGGAUUGCACUUUUUCUCUUCAGAAGGGUUUUUUUUCAAACAGGCCUAGAAAAAGAGAAGUGUUUGUGGAAUUCAUAAAAUAAUCAUCAGACUCCAAAUUGGGUUUGUGGUCGCUGCACUUCAGACCAAUUGCAAGCAUGACUCAGUCUUGGACAAACCCACACCUUUUCCUUCAACAGAGAAUUGAGGGCAGUAUUAUCAGUGUUUCUGCUUUUGAGCUGUUUGACACUAUUUGAAAUUGCAGAAUCCCAGAAUGGCUUGGGUUGAAGGACCUCAAAGCUCAUCCAGUGCCUCUCCCUGCCAUGGGCAGGGACACCUUCCACUGUCCUAUGGUGCUCCAAGGCCUGUCCAGCCUGGCCUUGAAGUGCAUGAGGCUCAGCAUGUAAUAAAUACCUCUUUCAACCUCAUGUCACACAGAAACGUGGCAGGAAAAGGCCACCUUGGUUCUUCUAUUACCAUGAAAUGCAUCUUGAACUCUCUGUGUUGCACUAAACAUGGAAAUAACUGGGAGGAGCCUUUGAUAGGACAAGGAGAAUAGUGCAGAAUUAUCCCUGGGUGCAAUCAGGCUUGGAAUAAAUACAGCUAAAGCAAUAAUUAUCACUGUUGCCUUUGUCUCUCUUAAGCCAGAGGCAAAAAAGAUCUUGGGGUGCUACUUGCAUUCCCCUCACACAAAAAAGUGUGAGGGGAAUGCAAAGGGAAUUUGUGGCCAGCGAGCUGCUCCCUGUUGGAGCUUGUGGAGCAGUCCUGGGCUUCUGCUCAGGAUCACCAUCUGCAGCACUGCAACCAGCUGGAGCCCACAGGGAAGAGGCCUGCUGACAGUGACUGCCAGGAGUCAGCAGGAUGGUUUCAGACAGGUUUCCUCCUGGUUUGUCCAGUUUGAUUUUGAAUUAAGGAGACUCAGUUAUUGUUCCUUACUCCUCGGCUCUGUGGGCUGAUCUGUGCUCUGAGAGUCAGAAAUGUCCUUCUGUGGGCUACGACAGGAGCAGGCAGAAGUUUCUAAGGAUGAUUCUGUUAGGAAUGUGCAGUCCUGGAUCAGCAUCACCUCAUAACAGAGUGCAGGUUUAUUGAACAGGUACAGUAAUGUUGCAAGAGAUGUGGUAUUAAAAUGAAGUUGUUUAAAAUUUUAUUGUAUUUACAACAGAUUAAGUGCUCUGUAAUGAACAACUCACAAGUGCUUAGUUUAACAAGCGGUGAGCUACUGUGUAAAUUCUUCCAUGAGCACUUUCUUGGUCCAUUUCAUUGUGCAACAUAAUUGUGUGGCCAGGCUUGUUUCCAGGAAAUCUCCUCUUUGGUCCUGUGGCAAUCUCACCAUCAUCAGGCUCUCCCUGCCAGGAAGAGUGAAAAAACAUGGCAGUGGGAAAGAUGACCAGUGUUUACAAGCAGCUGAUGGAAAUUCCAGCUGCUUUGGUGGGGUUGCAUAACCUUGGAGUGGGAAAUGCAGUGGCUUGAGGAGAAGGCGAUGCCAGCGAGCCUCUCUGUGGGAAUGCUGUCAGAUGAAGUGUUGACAUUGUGUACAUGGUCACAUUUAAACCCUCCAGUCUGUCCUUGCUGAGUUCCUUGCUUAUGCAGAAGGGCCUAGUGGGUUUAUAUUGUAAUUGGAGUAAAUGUCCCUUGAAUGCAUGUUGAAUUUGGAAGUCUGAUGUGGCUCGAUUAAAAUGUGAUUAGGUUUUCUGUC